AUGGUGGCUACACGCCGCAAGACUAGGAGGGCCUCUACCCCGCUCUCGAGUCCUCCUCCAAGCCCGUUUCCAAGUCAGCCUGCCAGUCGUGCUUCCAGUCCUGCCUACACCGAUGAACAAUCAGACAGCUGCUACGGUGGCGACCGUGGCUUCAAUGCUGACUCUGACUUUGACAGUGAAACCGACUCUGACCACGAGUCUGAGUCCGACAGCAACCACGAGGAACGGUGCAACCUCCAUAGCACCUCGCUGGCGACUCACUGCAAUGGCCGUACAUAUGCCAAUAAGCGCUGCAGCCGCAAAGCGCAUGUCUUCGACGAGGGCAGGCUCCCUGUGUGUAGAUCACACCGUUGGUGGGGACAAUUUGGGAAAGCAGGCAGGUGCCAGGCCACUGCGGCAUGCGGCUAUGUUUGCAAUCGACUCGCUCCGCACGUGGGCGGAUACAAUUUUUGUGACGAGCAUCAGAAGGGCACCGAGUCGCUCCCCUGUUACAUUACACGCCUACCAACGGAGCUCCGGCUGAUGAUCUUCCGUUACCUUCUCCCCGAUACCAUCAAGGCCUCACGAACCUAUCGCCACAACGACGAUCACGCCCACACUGCCGUAUUGUUUGUCAACCGUCAGUUCUACGAGGAGGCUGCCUUGCUCAUCUACAGCGAUCCCAAGUUUGAGGUCAGGAUCUGGCCAACCUAUAUUGAGCUUUUUGGGAGGCGAUGGGAUCGUGAGUCGAUCUGCUACAUCCCCAAGAAACCUAGCGAGAAACUUUGUCAAGCGGGUGCACGUCGUAUCCGCCACUUGGACGUCCAGAUCAACUUUGCCUUGCUGCAGCAUAAGGUUAAAGGUGGGACGGGUCUAUCCUACGAAGAGUUUGAGCUUUACCAGGUGCGAGACACUGUGCGGAAAUUGGUCGAGAUCUUAUCGCCUUCGCCAUCCAACUCCGGUUCUAUGGCCUUGAAGCGACUCUCGGUUACACCAGCACCUUCGUGCAGGCAGCGUUGGCUCUCUGAUGAGGCCACUGCGGCGAUCUUCUUCGUUCUGGAGCCGUUCUUGAGCCUACGUCCUAUCGGAAGAGUUGCACUGCAGGCUCCCCCUCGCCCCACGUUGUAUACAUGGCGCGAACGCAACUUCGUCUCGGUCAUAGGCGAUCUCCAUAAGGACGACAAUUACCGUGAAUGCCGCAACCAGUGGACCGGCCUAAUGACAUUUGGUGCCGAACCACCAAAAAGCAAUCGACAACUCAAUGAAGCUGCAGCGCUUGCAGUAGCAUACAAGAAGAUCGAGGACUUUGUGCGACUUAUCUACAAGCAGGAUGCGGUGGAGUUUACUGGCUCACUUGUGAAACACGCCUGGACAUCCUCGAUCUUCCAGGGCAUCGAACGGGUAUUGCACAUCGCUAGGGUAGCAUAUGAGGAUGGUGAUAUCGAGUCCCUGAAGAAGAUCCACGAAGCCAUCCUGAAGAGAUGGGUCACUGCGCAUCAGCAGCAAUUACAAUCUCUUUCCGCUGUUGCAGGUUCGGUGUCUGCUAUGUUCGACGGCGACAAUGCUACCCAUCACGGAGGACACCCGGAAGCUUUCGACUUCGGGAGUAUCGACUCAGUCGAGCACAAGCAGGCGUCAGACGACAAAUGGCCCGAACUCCAAUUAAAGCCUACUAUACCGAAGUUCAGAGCUCCCGGUGUUACAUUUGAAGAGAAGAGGAUGAAGAUUAUUAUCAUCAAAGAUGGUGAGAGGAAGGAGUGGCCUAAGACACCAGCGGUGGUUCGUCAGUUGCGAGCAUACAAGCAGAGUAACCCCUGAGUUAGGGGCAAGUCACGAUACGAUGACACUGAUGGACCAGGAAUCGAUAGGAUAGCAUGAUUUUAAUGCAAACUCCGGAGCAUCAACUAGUGGUACAUAUGAUGUGUU